AUGACGUUUGCGUUCGUGCGGGUUCGAGCACUCAGGGUCACAACUUUGGUGCUUGCCUGCGCCCGCAUACAUGGACUGGGUGUCCCGCUGACCUGGUUUACGACUCAUUUGGGCAUGGCUGCGAACGCACAACGAGCGGUAGCGCUGGACGUGCCGUCCUCGUCCCAGGUGUCCAGCGUCGACGAGGAGGAGUUCGAGGACGCGUCGUCGGACGCGUCGUCCUCCUACGAGGAGCUGCAGAACCAGGCAGCUGCGCGACGUAAUGCCGUGGCCGAGGCAUUUGAUGUGCUCCUUGCCGUGCGCGCGACGCGCGCGGCCCGAUCGAAGGUCGACGGCGCCGGGACGGGCCCGCCGGUGCGCAAACACCGAUUCUUGAUCGAACGCACCGGUGCUCUCGACACCGUCACGGUGCUCAAAGUCGUCACCAAGACCGGUGAGUUGGUACCGGCGACGUCGCUCUGCGAGUUCGUCCAGCAGGCGGCCGCCGAACAGAUAGAGGUCUACCGCGAGUUCCAGCGGCGCGGCCGCAUACCGCUUGAGCUGCCUAUUGAUGCGCCCUACAAUGCGGCGGUCGGCACUUUCACGGGCAUCGAGAAGGGCCGGCGCAAGUGGGACGCGUACGUGGAUUCUGAACUUCGAGCAUUUGAGGAUAUAUACAACGAUGAGUAUGACAACGACCGCUACGCCUGCGACGGGGUCCCGGGCGACCCGACCGGCCGCUCCCUCUCGUUCCUCGUGGACACCGCGGCCAUCGCCACGCUCGCGGAGCGGCAGGUUUCAGCGGGCGCAACGGAGCUGGCUCUGGGCCAGGCGCUGGCCGACGACGUCCUGGGUCAUGUGCUCCGAUUUGUCGGCGCGCUCCCGCGCAACGACGACGAGGCUAUCGCGUUCCUCAAGUACCAAUGUUCGACCGAGUGCGGUGGCACCGGCGCGGACGGGACCUACCUCGAGGUCGCCGAGUCGUAUACCCCUGACCAGACGCUAUACGUGGAAGCGGUCCUCUUCUCGACGCGCGAGGGCGAAUUUUCGCGCCUGGAGCCGCGAGCCGAGCUGCCCACGAUCCCGUCGCCCGUCUAUGCAACCAUGGAGGGGGGAGACGCGCCCUUUCGGGCGAGGCAUGCCUUUUCGCGCGUCAUCCGCAUCCGAAUCGGUCCCGCCGAAGACUAUUACACGUUCGCCGCCGCCGGCGCGUCGGAGCCGGUCGUGUCGCUCCCCUCGCACGAGCUGCUGCGCAAGAACGCGGAGUUCGAGCGGCUGAAGCAGCGCAUCCGCGAGCUGAUGCCCGGGCUCGCGUGGUGA